CACCACCUCCGAUCGGCAACCCAUGAAAGACAAGCAGAGAAGAGGAGCUCCGAUGACCCCCACGCCAGACUUCCUUACACGAUGCUCUCCUCUCUGACGACACACACGCAUGAGUCUACGGAGACGAUGGAGAAAAUGUUGCGAUGAAAGACUGGGGGUGUAGAAAGAGGAGAUGAAAAAUAUUGGAAUGAGAAAAGACUGGAGUGGAGCGGCAGGUGAUGAGUGAUACUAAGAAGAAUGAGAAGGGUGGAACUUUUUAAUGUUUUAAAUGUAUUUUGUUAUUGAUGACCCUAUGAUGGUCGAGUUGCUCGUCCUAGAGGAGGCUAUUCUCUGGUGCCAAGCGAAUGGGUUUACGGAGGCGAGCUUGGAGGGAGAUGUCAAAGUGGUUAUUGACAAAAUCUAUCGGACUGUACUCGCGAUAAUAGGGUUGGAGCCAUUCUUGAGGAGGUCGCAAUAGAAAUAGGGCAGCCCAUGUGGUGGCUAGAAAUACUAUUUCAUUGUACCCAACUACGUGUCGUUUUUUUAUUUUAUUUUCUAGCCUUAUUAAAUUCCAGGAUGUUUAGAUUUUUUGUUCUAAUCAAUAUAAAUGAUUAUCUUUUGUAAAAAUUAUCUUUUAUAAAAAACAAAAAAUAUUAAAAUGUAACUCAUUCACUAUAUCGAUUCAUACUCCGAAUCGGUUCUCACAACAUUGAUUUGGGGUCGGAGUUAAUAAUGAGACGGGGGCAAUGGGCAAAUGAAGGAAGCAAGGACAGCCCGCGUACAGCCGGUGUCGUAUUUUCCAGCGAGGCUUCCCCCACCGCCCAACCCGCGCUUACUUUUUUUCAGCCGUUUCCCCGAACUACCAACACAGCAGAGAAGAAGAAAAAACAAAUUAACGUCUACUCUUGUCUCGCUUUCCACAGCCGAAUACCCACCGAACCUUUUUCCUUUGUUUUUCUUUCUCUAUUUCGCCGUUCCCCCAGCCAGCUUUCCUCGAACUUGCACCGCGUACUAAUAAUGAUCACCCACCACGUCUAUAUAGAUAGAUGCACAGGCAGAAACCCAUUUCAUCAAACAGCUUAUCACUCAACCCACGAAUCUUUCAGAAGCACUUUGCAGAACAACUGUGGUGACCAAAAAUGGCGAAGAAACAGAGCAAUGUGAGCCGCAGGGCGUGGAACAUCCUCCGCCUGGCAUUGCUCUGGGCGCGAAAAGGCGGCGUCUUCAAGAGACGGCUGGUGAUGGAUCUCCGUCUGGUCCCCAAGUUCAUCAAGAGCUUGGCACCUGCUUCUUCUUCCUCCCCUCGUGCACAAAUAGGCUUCUAUAGCGAACGGGAGCUUUCCUUCGACAAGACGCCUCUGUUCCAGGUCAAGAUGCACCGCCCUGCAUCCAUGCGCUUCAUCCUUCCUUGCAUUACCCCGAACCAGGCCGACUUCGACUACAAUGAUGUCGAUGAUGGUGGUGAUGAAAAUGGCGCUUUCUACAACGACGAGCCUUGCACUAGUGGAAGGAAGAUUAGCAGGUGCAGCGACGACAUUGUUGUUGUUGAUGAUGAAGAAGACUACGACGAAGAGCAAUAUUCCGACGAUGAUUGCUCAUCGGUGGAGGAAGAAGCAGAAGGGAUAGACUCCAGAGCUGACAAGUUCAUAGCUCAGUUCUAUGAACAAAUGAAGCUUCAGAGACAGGUUUCAUAUCUGGAGUACCACAAGAAAUGAAUGUUGAUUCUGGCUGGGAUUUUUUGCUCCUUAUCCCCUUAUUCUCUCCUCUUUUCUUUUGAAUCGAUUCAAACCCUGUCCUUUGGAAGACUGAUGAGAGGCAUACGGCAUUUUGUAAAUUACCGGAGGCUUCAAUCAAUCAAUACAUUACUUUACAUUCUUUUGGUUUUCCUGCUUCGAUUUUGAACUCUGCUUACUGAACCCUGAAUGAACUAAAAGAAUAAGUGCAAUGUUCAAUC